GAAUCUAACAUUGCAGUUAUUCCUUUGAUGUGAGAUUUUAUCUGUCUUUUUUCAGAUUGAUAUUUUUAUCCUAUAAAGAUCCUUUCACUCUCGUUUUUAACCAGAACAGCACAGGAAGACAACGGCUGACUACAGAGGUGCAAGGAAUGCCUCAAUCUGAGAGAGACAAAAGAGUGAGUGGGAGAGAAAAUGAACGACAGCCACCACUAAAAGAAGAGCGGGACGCAUCUCCCCCUCUGUUAUACAAAUCUUCUUCACCACAGCCCAUGGAACAUCUUUCUUCUGGGGUACGUUCUGCUGAUGAGGAACGGUUGCAGUUUCUUCAGCUGGUGUUUCAGAAUUCUCAGUCUGGCCCGAUCAGGCCAUCUGUACUUCGCUCUCCGGCUCUCCUGCUUCAGGCAAAUGAGAGCAACCCAACAGCCUUGAACAGAAGAAAAGACACAGGUCACAGUGCGCAGACUUCCAUCCAAGCUGUCUCUGGAUCAAGCCAGCACAGGAAACAAUCUUCCAGCUUUCAUUCUCACAGCCCAGUCGAGUCAGAAAUCCAGAGAUCCAACUCUUUUUUUGUAAACGGACAAUGUCGCUGGCCAGGCUGUGACAAAGUCUUUGAAGGGUAUACACAUUUUCUGAGACAUCUGAACCGAGACCACAGCACAGAUGAGAAAACGAUUGCACAGUGGCGAGUUCAGCAAGACCUGGUACGCCACAUGGAGAAUCAGCUCAUUCAGGAGAAGCAGAAACUUCACGCCAUGCAACUUCACCUUCAUCUGUUUGAAUGCAUCUCGACGCGUACCUCAAUCCUGGAAGCCCCAGACAAACAGCGGACGCUAAACGAAAUUUACAACUGGUUCACAAGAAUGUUCUUCUACUUCCGUCACAAUUCUCCUACAUGGAAGAAUGCUGUGCGACACAAUCUUAGUCUCCACAAAUGCUUUGUGCGGGUGGACGGGAGGACAGGGGCGGUGUGGACAGUGGAUGAGGAAGAGUUUCAGAAGAGAAAAGGGCAGAAAAUCCACAGGGACUACACUUUGAAAUGGCCGACACCCUUCUCCCAUUGUUCAUCCCAUGAAGCCUCAGAUGUAUCAGUAAAAGCCACAAAUUCUCAGUGAAAUGUUUUCCAAACGUUUAGUGAAGUAUGCAGAAAAAA